CAGUACUGAACUGAGACAAACGUUUCAAAAACGCUGAAAGCUCUCAUAGAGAUAGAAAGAGAGAGAACGAAGAAGCAUAGAAAUAGAGAGAGAAAGAGGUUACUUUUUUGAAUUUUCCAAAUCAUCACAAUAUUCAAAUCACUAGUUAGAACACAAGUCCACCAUUUCUUAAAAUUUUUAGAGCGAGAAACAAAACUAGAGAGAGAAACUCAGAGAUCUGGUUUCUGUUUCAGAUCGUACCUUUCUGGUUUAGGGUUUCCGUUUCGAUCGAUCCCUAUUUCAACGCUUUCUCUCUCUAUAACCGUUUUUCGAUCCAUCGAUUCGAUUUUCUGAUCUUCCAUGGCGGCGAUCGAAGAGUUAUCGGAGCUCGCUGAUUCCAUGCGUCAAGCUUCGGCGCUUCUCGCUGAUGAAGAUAUCGACGAAACUUCGAAUAAUUCUAGAAGACCUUCCACUUUUCUCAACGUCGUCGCUCUCGGCAACGUCGGUUCUGGUAAAUCAGCGGUGUUGAACAGUUUAAUUGGACAUCCAGUUUUGCCUACUGGUGAAAAUGGAGCUACGAGAGCUCCAAUUGUGAUUGAUCUGCAACGAGACACGUCGUUGAGUAGCAAAUCGAUUAUAUUGCAGAUUGAUAAUAAGAAUCAGCAAGUUUCAGCAAGUGCUUUAAGACAUUCCUUGCAGGAUAGGUUGAGCAAGGCUUCCUCGGCCAAAGCUCGAGAUCAGAUAAAAUUGAAGUUACGCACAAGUACAGCACCACCUCUCAUGUUGGUUGAUUUACCUGGGUUGGAUCAGCGCAUCAUGGACGAAUCAACAGUUAGUGAAUAUGCGGAGCAUAAUGAUGCCAUUUUGGUAGUUAUUGUACCAGCAGCUCAAGCACCUGAAAUUGCUUCCUCUCGGGCCCUUAGAUUGGCAAAGGAAUACGACGGAGAAGGUACAAGAAUUGUUGGUGUUAUUAGUAAAAUUGAUCAAGCUGCAUCAGACCAAAAAGCAAUAGCUGCAGUUCAAGCACUUCUACUGAAUAAGGGUCCUACAAAAGCACAAGAUAUCCCCUGGGUUGCAUUAAUCGGUCAAUCAGUUUCAAUAGCUACGGCACAGUCUGGAUCUUCUGGUUCUGAAAAUUCUUUAGAAACUGCAUGGAGAGCAGAGAGUGAAAGCCUCAAGUCCAUACUGACAGGAGCCCCUCCAAGUAAGCUUGGAAGGAUAGCUUUGGUGGAUGCUCUGGCACAGCAGAUUCAAAAUCGCAUGAAGCUGCGGGUGCCUAACCUUCUUUCUGGGCUACAAGGGAAGUCUCAAGUAGUUCAGGAUGAAUUGGCAAGGCUUGGUGAGUCAUUGGUCACCACUUCAGAGGGUACUCGUGCUAUAGCCUUGGAACUUUGCCGUGAGUUUGAAGAUAAGUUCCUACAGCACCUUACCUCAGGCGAGGGAACUGGUUGGAAAAUUGUUGCCUGCUUUGAGGGGAGAUUUCCUGAUAGAAUGAAGCAAUUACCGUUAGAUAGGCAUUUUGAUAUCAACAAUGUAAAGAGGAUUGUGUUAGAAGCCGAUGGUUAUCAGCCAUAUCUCAUUUCACCUGAAAAGGGAUUAAGAUCACUAAUCAAAGGAGUUCUAGAGCUUGCAAAAGAGCCAUCACGUCUUUGUGUUGAUGAGGUACAUCGGGUCCUGAUGGAUAUUGUAUCGGCCGCUGCCAAUGCUACACCUGGUUUAGGAAGAUACCCACCUUUCAAGAGAGAGAUUGUGGCCCUUGCUACUACUGCACUAGAAGGGUUUAAGAAUGAAUCAAAGAAAAUGGUGGUUGCACUAGUUGAUAUGGAGCGUUCUUUUGUGCCACCCCAACACUUCAUUCGCUUGGUACAAAGGAGGAUGGAAAGGCAACGCCGGGAAGAUGAGUUGAAGGGUCGGUCUACGAAAAAAGGACAUGAUGCAGAGCAAUCUAUACUUAACCGGGCCACAAGUCCCCAAACUGGUGGAAGCAUGAAAUCACUAAAGGAUGAUAAGGAUAAGGAUAAGGAAAAGGACAAGUCAGGUCAGGCAGAGAAAGAAGGGCAAGAAGGCUCUGGUUUAAAGUCUGCGGGUCCUGAAGGAGAAAUUACAGCAGGAUUUUUGUUGAAGAAAAGUGCAAAAACUAAUGGUUGGAGCAGGCGAUGGUUUGUGCUUAAUGGAAAAACGGGAAAGCUUGGGUAUACGAAAAAACAAGAGGACAGGCAUUUUCGUGGUGUUAUUACAUUAGAGGAAUGUAACAUUGAAGAGGUUCCAGAUGAAAGUGAUCCUCCACCAAAAAGCUCUAAGGACAAGAAGUCUAACGGACCGGACUCUAGCAAAGUCAGCCUUGUUUUUAAAAUUACUAGUAGAGUCCCGUAUAAAACUGUUUUGAAAGCACACAGUGCUGUUGUUUUGAAGGCCGAGAGUGCAACUGAUAAGACUGAAUGGAUUAGUAAGAUAAGUAGUGUUAUACAAGCAAAGGGAGGACAAAUAAGGCUUUCAUCUGAGGGUGGCUCAGCGAUGAGGCAUAGCCUCUCUGAUGGUUCCUUGGAUACAAUGGCUCGAAGACCUGCUGAUCCCGAGGAAGAACUCCGAUGGAUGUCCCAGGAAGUCCGUGGCUAUGUUGAAGCAGUUUUAAACAGUUUAGCUGCUAAUGUGCCAAAGGCAGUUGUCCUUUGCCAAGUUGAAAAAGCUAAGGAAGACAUGCUGAAUCAAUUAUAUAGCUCUGUCAGUGGUCAAAGCACGGCUAAGAUUGAGGAGCUGCUUCUAGAAGAUCAAAAUGUAAAGCGCAGGAGAGAGCGUUAUCAGAAACAAUCCUCGCUUCUCUCCAAACUGACACGCCAGCUGAGUAUACAUGACAACCGUGCAGCUGCUGCCUCUAAUUGGUCAAAUGGGAGUGCAGAGAGUAGCCCAAGAAGCAGUGGACCAGGUGAUGACUGGAGAACUGCCUUUGAUGCAGCUAGCAAUGGCUCUGUUAGCCGUAGUGGUUCGAGAUCUGGAUCAAAUGGUCAUAGUCGACAUAAUAGUGAUCCCGCACAAAAUGGUGAUUUGAACUCUGGCCCCAACUCUGGCAGCCGUCGUACUCCUAACCGAUUACCCCCUGCUCCACCAGGUUCUUCGGGUUACAAAUAUUAACAAAUGGCCGACAUUUCAUGUUUUGUUACAUUUUUGGAGCCUGCGAUUGCUCCUGCCCCAUUUCAUACCUUUGAGGAUAAGGUCUCGUCGCAAUUCUUUGUUACUGCCAGGAUAUUUAGGUGAUGAAAAAGGUUUGUGUAUAUAGAAGAAGACUAGUUUGUUAGUAUAUAUAUGUUUUCUGGGCUUGUCCCAUUUUCCGGAAGUAUGGUAUCAAGUUCGACUUGAAAAGAUUGAUCAUGUUUUUCUAUUCAAUAUUCUUUUUACUUUCAUACCUUUUAAUGUUUCUUUUGGGAUUUUGUACUCAAUUUUUGAUGCUGCUGAUGUAAUUGCUUUAUAAUGAUUGGAUAGCACACCAUUUCUGAUGGGUUUAUAAGACUAACAAUUGAAGUAUUUUAAUAAUGAGUAUGUGUUGUAUCUGUUGCC